AUGGCAUUCCACCAUGCAAACUUCCCUCCCUCAGCUUCCCUCCCGUCGCCAGACACAGAAGGACGACUCACGCUCCACGUUCCAGCGCCCACAGACGUAUGGCGCAAGCCGCCCUCCCACGACGUGUUCGGCGCACCAAUAGUCUACCAAUCCAUGAAGGUAUCUGAAUUCAAGUCCGCGCGCGUCUCCGCCUCGGGAGAAUGGAAAACGCUCUACGACCAAGGCGGUCUGAUUAUCGUGCUACCAGCCAAGAAAAGCAGCGCAAGCAGCGACCGUUUACAAAAGCGCUGGAUCAAGAUGGGCAUUGAGUUCUACGAUGAGCGGCCGAUGAUGAGCGUUGUUGCUGCGGAUGCGUGGGCGGAUUGGAGUCUCUGCCCGCUGGAGGGGGAGGAUGAAAAGGCGGGGAAGAUGACCGUGGCGGUGGAGAGGAAGAGGGCGAAGGAUGGGGGAUGGGGCCCGGUGUUGCAGGUUUUAAGGGUUGGGAAGGAGGGCGUGAAGACGCCGAUUAGGGAGGUUACUUGGGCGUUUCAUGAUAUUGAUGAGGAUGCCGAGAUGUGGGUGGGCAUGUUUGGGGCGAAGCCGACGGAGAGUGAUGUGGAGGAGUUGGUGGUGAGGUUGGAGGGGUUUGAGGUUGAGAUGAGGUCAUGA